AUAAACAUGUUUACAGCCUGGUACCAGAACAUGUUUUAGGUUUAAAUGAUCUAGUUUACACUCAUGACAACUCUGAGGGGGUGAAUGUUUUUCUCACUCUUCUGUUUAAGUGUAUUAAAAGCCUAAAAUUCUGUAUAAUUAAUGAGCAUCAGACCCACGUGACCACAGAGCUAGCUCCGUGGAAAGGCCUCAGUAGAGCCUCGGUCUGGCCUGGAAACUGCUCCGGGAUUUUGAGUCUCUGUGUGUGUGUAUUCUUGUUUGGAUAUUAUUUGUGCAAUUGUUGGACAAAAUGACUUGCUGUGGCAUUAAUUGCACUAAUAGAGCGUCCAAGGAGUCUCCACUUCAUUUUUUCGGUAAGUAAAAUUAUAUUUAUGUAUUUUAGGUCACUGCCGAGCUGAGCUUAGAGUUUAACAUGUAAUGUUUAACCAUGAAAUUUAAAUGUAAUAGGGUAAAACCCAGUGCAUUUAACAUAAUGCUGCACUUUAGAAAAUGGGUUCAAAUAUAACAUGUUGGUGGAGCUGGGUUCCCACUAUCGGCUUGUGGAGCUCUCGGAGACCUCUGUUUUCCACCCGGUUCUCCCCAGCGGUCGGCCCGGCGUAUCUCUGACUCAGAAGCUCUGGUGUUGUGCACAGUUAACUCCGGUUGUAGCUAGGUUGCUACCUCCGUUAGCUUAGCUCCCACCUCCGCAUUAGCUUUGGGUUAGCUUGUGGCUAGUUCGACCGGGUGUCGUCAGUUGAUCCCAGCCUUACAGCCCCACCCUCAGCUCCUCCACCUCUCUUCCCUUUUGUGGAAUUGUCUGGGCUUGACGGAACCUGUGACACGGUCAAAAUGGCGGUGGUGGCCACCUCCCAUUUGGCCUCAAAAAAGUGAUGUUGGAGCCUAUGGAAAUGAAUUGUCCAGUAUAUAUGUCGAUGGUGUUACUCAAGUGGGUUGUUCGUGUGGAACUGGAAAAUGGUCAGUAACAAUUAUUUAACCAGGACCAAACACUCCCAUGAGGACUGGUAGGUUUGGUCUUCACAAAGCAUCAGUGAUGGGGUUAGGGUUAUUCCAAGCUGGGAGCUGAAGUCUGGAUCUUAACUGGAUCCUGAAUAGAGGCAGCUGAGAGGUCUGUGUGAUUGGGAUUGCUGCCUCUAGAGGGCUUUUCCAGGCAGAAGUGAAAGCUGAUUGUGUUCAGAAGAGUUUAGUGUUUACAGUUUUUGCCUGUUGCUUGAACACACUUCCUGCAUAAUGCACUAUUUCAUACAUUCUGCGUUCUGGAAACCAUGUAUCCCAGUACUAUACACAUCAGGUAACCGUAACCACCGCGGUCAACACCUGAAGCCACUUACUGGCUGAACUGAACACCGAACAUCCAGCUUCAGCGUCCCAUCACCUAAGAGAUGCAGAAAAGGUUAAAUGACGUCUCCUCGAGCCCGAGCAUUACCUCCGUAACGCAUAUGACCUGUGUGAUUGGCUGUGCCACAGACAUAUAUAUUGAUAGACCCCCUAUUGGCCUCUCGGGCACAGGAAAUGCGGUCACCAUCUUAGAUGGGUCGAGCUUCCGGCAAGCGUCUUUUGGAAUUCUAGGAUGUCCAAGGAAGGUCCCGCCUUUCUCGUCUCUGAUUGGCUAGAUGGGCUCUACUGCGAUUGGCUGAAAAUUCCCGGGGACAGCAGACAACAGCGGCCUUCGCUUGCCUGAAAGCUAAGAAUCCAGUGUUUGCACAUUCCCACAGCAAACAUAACACCAAGAAUCUAUGGAACACCAAAAAUACACAAUAAAGGAGUGACGCCACCAUCAGCGCCAGCCUGAUGUUUGCAGCCGCAAACGAAACGUUGCAGGCCUUCAAGCUGCAAGGAGCCCACUGCCUUCCAGUGACAUCCAUGACAGCAAAGAAGUCCUUCUAUGAGAUGGCCACAGGAAACCAUAACACACCAGAAACCUGGUUUAUGGACUUGCAGUCUGAGAGGGAAGAGGACUGCAGAACACACCCACUCGGUACAAGCACCCAAGAAGAAGCUGAAGCAACCACUCCCCCAGCACCACAACAAUCUGGAGCAGAAAAAGAAGCAUCACAAUGUCAGUUGGAUGUUGAGCAUUUUGAGCCUAGUUUUAGAUCCCUGUGUGAUUACCUUAUGGACAAGAUGAAAAAGGAUGAAUCCUUCAAAGCCCCAAUGACAUCCGUCUGAUCAGUCUUUACAAAAACACACAGACAGCAGUCUGAUUUCAGCACUGUACGUUCGGGAGGAUGAGGAGUGCUGCUGCAUGUAAGAUCAAACCGCAGCCAUGAAAGGGUCUGCAGUGAGCGCACAGAUCGGUGUGCAGCCUGCAGCUGUUGCUCGCCGUAAAACUUCACUGGGGGGCAGACGGUCACUCAUCACUGGUCGACCUCCAAAGAGAGCUUGGAGAGAACACAGUUAUGGGAAGGAAAAAGAAGGGAGUGGUGCACUGCCCAGAAGACUGGCACCACACUCCCUAGCCCAGUGUGUCUCUGCUGGUGUGUCCAACACUGUAAAAAAGUAAUAGGCACGCCCUCAAAUGUUCAUCUAACCUUUCUCUGUUGUUUGCUGGUGACAUAGCUGGCAGUUCAAUAUACUUAUUCACACACACGCACACACACAGGUGUUCUGUACUUGUUCAAUAACAUCUGUGAUGUAAUCGGCAUGGCGUAUUUUCAUGCUCAUGCCUUUUGAUAACAAUUUGGAAAUACGGGCUGAGGCUGUUAAGCAAGCAGGAUGAAAGUGAGGACACGUCUUUCAUGUGUUUAAAUCUGCAUCUUUAAUUGAAAUUAGUUCAAAGCUGAUUAUGAUUUAAACCCUAACACCUUUUCAGCAGUUUUCAUUAUUCUAGAAGAGAAACAGACCUGCUGCACACGGCUGGGUAAAAUAGGGCCGUUUUAUUAUAUUUCUUACAUUUCUCCUAUGCACCCUGCUGUAAUAAGAUAACAUCAGUGCUUUAGAGCCAUAGACAUAAAGUAAGUCCCACAGUGUGAUAAAUGCAAUAAGAUUUAUAAGUUCACUUCUUACGUUUCUCAGUUUUUCAAUAAAAGAAACAAAAAAAACUUUUGCAAAAGAGGGCAGAAUGGCGCUAAGUUCUUAUUUUCUUAAAAAAACAAAAUAAAAUCCCCAAAAUAUGUGUUCUGUUG